AAGUUGUUGCGGCUAGAAAGAAGAAGAAGAACCCUAACUAAACCCACGUCGGCCUCUCUUUCUCUCUCUCUCUCCUUCUCCCACCGAUCGCCGACGAUGGCCAAGGACAAACUCAAGCAUCUUCUCUCCUCCGAUGGUGGAGGUGAAAUCGCUGAUACUUCUUCCCGCGAGAAGAAGCAUAAGAAGAAGAACAGGAAGCGAGCUGAACCUGAACCUGAAUUACCCUCUACGCGCGAUUCUGGUCUUGAUGAAGAUAGAGAUGGAGUGUUAGUAGAUGAUACACAUAAUGAGCCAACCAUAGGUGAUAAACUUGAGAGUCUUGACUUAUUAAGCGGCGACAAGCUUAUCAGUGAGACUUCUGCUCCCAGUGAUGAUAAGCCUCCUACUGCUGCCUCUGUUAACGUUCUUCUCAGACAAGCAUUGCAUGCUGAUGAUCGAUCUCUUCUACUAGACUGCUUGUACAACCGAGAUGAGCAGGUUAUUGCUAAUUCUGUUGCUAAGUUGAAUUCAGCUGAGGUACUCAAGCUUCUAAAUUCCCUUCUACCAAUACUACAAUCAAGGGGUGCAAUUUUGGCUUGUACUCUUCCGUGGAUAAAGAGUCUGUUACUUACUCAUUCUAGUGGAAUUAUGUCCCAAGAGUCAUCGUUGCUCGCAUUAAACACUAUGUAUCAGCUCAUCGAGUCACGAGUUUCAACUAUUCAUACUGCCGUAGAGGUUUCAAGUGGCUUGGACUUGAUUGUGGACGACUUGGAUGAAGAAGAAGAAGAUGAAGGUCCUGUUAUCUAUGAGGACAAGGACAGUGAUGAAGAAGAAGGAGAAGGAAUAGAAGAAGCAAUGGAGACAGAUGAAGAGGCAGACGACUCAGCUGAUGAAGCAGCUGAUGGUGUGAAUGAUUUUGAAGGAUUUGACGACAUGAGCGAUUGAGAAAGCUCCUAAAAACGGCAAAAGUUUUGAUUUGUGUGAUGAGGCUGAUUGAGUGAUUGUUAGAUGCGAAAGAGUACGGCUAAAUGGUACAAUCUCUGUUCAAGAAGUCUCGGCACCAACUCUGUAAUACGUAAUGAUUAUAUCGAUAUGGACGAGACUUAAUGUGAAAGAGUUUAUUAUUAUU